CAUUUCUCAUGCCCUUUUCUUCGUCUCUCUUCUUUCCUCGUUUCCCAUUUUUUCCCAAAACUGAAAAGCUCCGCCUUCUUAUUAAUUCGGUUCAACGACGAAUACUUCCCGAACCACCGUCGAACCUUCCCGCCGAGCCUCUUCCGGUGAUCCUUUCUGCUGAAACUUCUAUUAUAGACGUGUAAAAUGGAGGGUUCCGGGGUUGGUGAUGAAGCUCGAUCGGAAUUGUCAUCACAACCACCGCCGGCGGCGGCGGCGGCGGUUCCACCCGAAGAGCAGAGUGUGGCUGGUGAAGGACAGGGUGAUUCUCAGCACGGAGAAGGAGAAGGAGAAGGAGGAGGAGGAGAAGAAGGGGAAGAUGAAAGCGAAGUUUUGAUAGCAAAAGCGCAAGAAUUAGUUGACAAAAUCACGGCAAAUUCAGAUAACCCUAGCCCUUGUACUCUCCAUGCCCUCUCUUCUAUUCUGGAAACUCAGGAGUCGAGAUAUAUGGAAGAAAUUGGCCACUCUUCUGUAAGCAAUGGUCGGUCUUCUCAUAAUAUAGGACGCCUAGGAGUUCUUCUUCGGGAGAAUGAUGAAUUUUUUGAUUUGUUAUCAACAAGAUUUUUGUCUGAAAGUCGAUAUUCUGUCUCUGUGCGAGCAGCUGCUGCACGGCUUCUUUUUAGCUGCUCCCUUACAUUUGUGUAUCCACAUGUUUUUGAGGAAGCUGUGAUGGAAAAUAUUAAGGUUUGGGUGAUGGAUGAGACAUCUGGGCACUCAAAUGAUGAUCACAUUUGGAAAGAUGAAUCAGGGGCAACAAAGUGCUCUGACUCUGACAUGUUGAGAACCUAUUCCACCGGACUUCUAGCUGUAUGUUUGGCUGGGGGUGGUCAAGUGGUGGAGGACGUGCUAACAUCUGGAUUAUCAGCGAAACUAAUGCGGUAUCUACGCCUUCGUGUACUUGGAGAGGCAGGCACAACUCAGAAAGAUGCUAACUCACAGCUAGACAGUAAAGGUUCUUCAGCAACUGUUUGUGUGAGAAGUAGAGAAGAAGCUCGAGCAAGAAUACGACCGUCAUCAGAUACAGGAAGUUCUCAUUCUGAUAUGCCUCGUAUGCUUGAGGAUAGUGGCCGUGAUGAUCGAGUUGCUGAUGGGGAUUAUGAAAGAUCCCUUGUUAGGCAGUUGCGUGAAGGUCAUUGGGUGGGUGGAGAGCCUCCUGGUAGUAUAACUUUAGAUAGUGAGAUGCAUGAGCAAGAAGGUGAAGGUGAGGAGAAAAGCACCAGAGAUGCACGUGAUGUAAGGUCAAAGUUUGGUGGUAGAUCCGCUAGGGAUGAAGAAAAUGACGAAGGUGUUAGAGAUGAGCAAUCACGACGGAAGACAGGUCGUGGAACUGCACGUUUUAGAGGGAAGGGAAGAGUAGAGGAUGGUCAUUUAGAGAAUGAACAAACUGUAACUUCUCCUGGUUCUGGUAUUAGGUUAGGAGGUCAAAAUCGCAACAUCAGGGACAGGAGUCUGCUCAAAAUGCAAGAUUUAAGAAAAGGUGCCGACACAAAAAAGAUCCUUGGAAGGACUGGUACUGAUGUCUUGUCAUUGGAAAGAGAUUUAAGUGAUGACUGUUUCCAGGGAUGCACAAUAGGUUCCAAAGACAUAGUUGAUUUGGUAAGAAAGGCUGUCUUAGCUGCUGAAGCCGAAGCCAGAGCGGUCAAUGCUCCCACAGAAGCAAUUAAAGCAGCUGGAGAUGCUGCUGCAGAACUUGUUAAAACUGCUGCUUUGGAGGAAUACAGAAAGGCAAAUGAUGAAGAUGCUGCAGUUUUGGCUGCUUCUAGGGCUGCAUCAACCGUUGUUGAUGCUGCUAAUGCAGUUGAAGUUGCAAGGAGUUCAACUGCUGUGGAUGGCGAUUCCACAGACGCAAAGGCUAAAGAACUAGAGCGCGAUGAGGAUGUGAAUGAGUUCUUUCUGCUGGAUAGUGAUUCGCUUGCAAAGCUUAGAGAGAAAUUUUGCAUUCAGUGUCUAGUGAUAUUGGGAGAGUAUGUUGAAGUUCUUGGACCUGUGUUGCACGAGAAAGGUGUUGAUGUCUGUCUUGCACUGUUACAUCGGAGUUCCAAAACCAAGGAAGCAUCAAAAGUUUCACUUCUGUUACCAGAUGUGCUCAAGUUAAUUUGUGCUUUGGCUGCUCAUCGGAAGUUUGCUGCCUUGUUUGUGGAUCGAGGUGGCAUGCAGAAGUUACUGGUUGCCCCACGAGUUCAGCAGACAUAUUUUGGCCUGUCUUCGUGUUUGUUUACCAUUGGUUCCCUUCAGGGAAUAAUGGAGCGUGUUUGUGCACUUCCUGCGAGUGUUGUGCAUCAAGUGGUUGAGUUAGCCCUUCAGCUUAUUGAGUGUCCCCAGGAUCAAGCCAGAAAAAAUGCAGCAUUAUUUUUUGCUGCUGCAUUUGUUUUUAGAGCUGUCAUCGAUACUUUUGAUGCUCAGGAAGGACUACAGAAACUGCUAAAUUUGUUGCACGAGGCAGCAUCUGUUAGAUCAGGAAUAACCUCUGGGUCAAUAAAUAAUUCUGGACCGCUUCGAAAUGACCAGUCUCCUGGAGAGUUGCUGACCUCUUCCAAGAAGCAGAUAGCUUAUCACACCUGUGUUGCGUUACGACAAUAUUUUAGAGCACAUCUUAUCCUAAUUGUUGAUUCCAUUCGUCCCAGUAAGAAUGUCAGGGGUGCUUCUAGGAAUAUUCCAAGUAGUAGAGCGUCUUACAAGCCACUUGAUAUCAGCAAUGAGGCUUUGGAUGCGUUUUUUCGUCAGAUACAAAGAGAUCGGAAACUUGGUCCUGCAUUGGUCCGGGCUAGAUGGCCUGCCGUGGACAAGUUCUUAAGUUCGAAUGGGCAUAUUACAAUGCUAGAACUGUGUCAGGCUCCACCUGUGGAGCGUUACUUGCAUGAUCUGCUUCAAUAUGCUCUGGGUGUGCUUCAUAUCGUUACACUGAUGCCACAUAGCCGGAAACUAAUGUUGUCCGCCACUCUAAGCAAUGACCGUGUCGGUAUAGCAGUCAUUUUGGAUGCUGCCAAUGGUGCUGGGUAUGCUGAACCAGAGAUUAUUCAAGCCGCAUUGAAUGUCUUAGUCAAUCUAGUGUGCCCACCCCCUUCAAUUAGCAAUAAACCGCCAGGUGCAACACAAGGACAACCUCCGGCUCCUUCAGAAAACAGAGAGAAAAAUUUGGAACGAAGUAUUCCAGAUCGAGCUGUUAAUAUUACAAGCAAUAACGAACCUCGAAAUGCAGAACCUUCUUCAGUAGACCGAGGAUCCUCUGCUGUUAUAGGUUCUACUAGUAAUAAUGCUCAAGCCCAAGCUUCCACCAUGACUUCAGGAUUAGUUGGAGAUCGUAGAAUUUCUCUGGGUACUGGAUCUGGAUCUGCUGGUCUUGCUGCUCAGCUUGAACAAGGAUAUCGCCAAGCUAGAGAGGCUGUUCGUGCCAACAAUGGAAUUAAGGUCCUCCUUCAGCUUCUCCAAUCACGGAUAGUAACCCCUCCUGGUGCCCUUGACUGUAUUCGUGCUCUUGCCUGCAGAGUGUUGCUUGGUUUAGCAAGAGAUGAUACGAUAGCACACAUAUUAACUAAACUUCAGGUCGGUAGAAAACUUUCAGAGCUUAUUCGCGAUUCAGGCAAUCAGAACCCUGGUACAGAGCAGAAUAGGUGGCAAUUGGAGCUUUCGCAGGUGGCCAUCGAGUUGAUCGGGGUUGUAACGAAUUCCGGGCGUGCAAAUACUUUGGCCGCAACAGAUGCUGCUACUCCGACACUUAGGCGUAUAGAAAGGGCUGCUAUAGCUGCAGCUACUCCAAUCACCUACCAUUCCAGGGAACUUUUACUUCUGAUCCAUGAGCAUCUACAAGCAUCUGGUUUAGGAGAUACGGCUUCAACGCUUUUGAAGGAGGCUCAGUUGACUCCUCUGCCAUCACUAGCCGCCCCAUCAUCCCUAGCACAUCAGGUAGCCUUGCAAGAGUCCCCAUCAAUACAGAUUCAGUGGCCAUCUGCUCGAGCUCCAUGUGGAUUUAUGUCAGAUAAAGUGAAGCUCAAUUAUCGGAACAAUCUACCUUGCCCCAAAACUGAUCCUUCAUUUUCUUCUUUAAAAAAGAAACUGACUACACCUUCUUCACGUAGUCUGCCGCACAAAACUCAGACUUCUUCCGAGGACUCUCCGGUAUUGUCAGUCAGCAGAAGCAAUUUGGCUUGUAAACGACCUUGUGCAGGAAUGAGUACUCCUGAAACUCCCUCGCUUUCUGUUGCUAAUGCUUGUGUGGAUGCGGACACACAAUGUAGAACUCCAAUUGUCUUACCAAUGAAACGUAAACUGACAGACUUGAAAGAGACUGGGUUACUGUCACCUGUAAAACGACUCAAUACAGGUGAACAUGCUCAGAGGUCUCCAGUAUGUGCUACACCUGGUUUUUCCCGGAGAAGUUGGCUACCAUCUGACGGAACACCGGUCUCGAUGCCAAGAUCAGGAUUAACUUCUGCACCAGCUGAAACAGACGAAAACAAUGGUGGUCAAUCUGUUCACGUGGUUCCUACAUCCCAAAGUGGCCUAGCUAAUGAACCCCAAUCAUCCUGCACGGAACGAUUGACUCUUGAUUCACUUGUUGUUCAGUAUCUGAAACAUCAGCAUCGCCAAUGCCCUGCUCCCAUCACUACACUACCCCCUCUCUCACUCUUACAUCCUCAUGUUUGUCCCGAGCCAAGAAGAAGCCUUGAUGCCCCCUCAAAUGUUACAGCACGUCUCAAUACUCGUGAAUUUAGAUUUAUGUAUGGUGGAAUCCAUGGGAGUCGUAGAGAUCGUCAGUUUGUCUAUAGUAGGUUCAGACCAUGGCGAACAUGCCGAGAUGAUGGUGGUGCUCUCUUAACAUGCAUUUCUUUCCUUGGAGAUUCUUCUCGGAUAGCUGUCGGAGGUCAUUCUGGGGAACUGAGAGUAUUUGACAGCAACAGCAACAGUGUGUUGGAUAGUUGCACCAGCCACCAAUAUCCUUUGACCCUUGUACAGUCAUGUACUUCAGGAGAUACGCAGCUCCUUCUAUCAUCAAGUUCCCAUGAUGUGCGCCUGUGGGAUGGAUCUUCGGUUUCAGCAGGCCCCAAACAUUCAUUUGAAGGUUGUAAAGCUGCCAGGUUUAGCAACUCAGGGAGCAAAUUUGUUGCGUUAUCAACUGAUACAUCACAGCGGGAAAUUCUCUUGUAUGAUGUACAAACUUAUCAGCUAGGUUUGAAGCUAGCAGAUGCAUCAAAUAAUUUUUCCAGUCGAGGCCACGCGUAUUCUCUUGUGCAUUUUAGUCCAUCAGAUACUAUGCUGCUCUGGAAUGGUGUCCUAUGGGAUUCUCGAGGUUCUGGUCCAAUCCACCGCUUCGAUCAGUUCUCUGAUUAUGGUGGUGGUGGUUUUCAUCCUGCUGGCAACGAGGUGAUUAUAAAUUCUGAAGUUUGGGAUCUCCGAAACUUCAGGCUUCUCCGUAGUGUGCCUUCUCUCGAUCAGACAGUGAUAACAUUUAAUGCCAGUGGUGAUGUGAUUUAUGCAAUUCUUAGGAGAAACCUUGAGGAUGUCACUUCCGCAUUUCAAACACGACGUGUUAAACAUCCUCUUUUUUCUGCAUUUCGAACUGUUGAUGCUGUUAAUUACUCCGACAUUGCCACAAUCCCAGUGGAUCGAUGUGUUCUUGAUUUUGCUACAGAGCCGACGGAUUCUUUUCUUGGGUUGAUAACAAUGGAUGAUCAGGAUGAGAUGUAUUCAUCCGCAAGGGUAUAUGAAAUAGGUCGUAGGAAGCCAACGGAUGAUGACUCUGAUCCAGAUGAUGCAGAGAGUGAGGAGGAAGAUGAAGAUGAGGAAGUUGACGAGGAUGACAUCUUGGGGCAAGGUCUAGAUGAGGAUGGUGAAAGUGAGGAUGCUGAAGAUAUGAGCAAUGAUGAUGAAAGCGUUAGUGAAUUUGAGGAUGAUGAGGAGGAAGGAAUAGAUUUCUUAAUGGCGGGUGGAGGCUUUGACGGCGGAGGUGGAAUAUUGGAGAUAGUGACCGAGGGUGAUGAGGAUGAUGAUGAUGACAGUGUGGUAGAGUCGUUUAGUAGUGGAGAUGAAGAAGACAUGCUGUGAUUAGGUGGUCUAGGGAAAGUUUUAGGGUUUUUCGCUGGAUUUCUUUUAUACAUCAUUUUCCUGCCUAACUAUACCGGUAAUCGAUGCCAUGUAAUUAUCUCUGGCAAUUUUUAAAUUUUUUUUUCCCUUUAUGGAGGUAAACGAUAGUGUAUUAGUUCGGAAUCUUCAAUUUUGUAUUCCUAGGCUCUUAAAUUUGUUUCUAAUACUCCGAGGGAAAUUGUUCAUAUUAUCCAAAGACUGUUGGGAUCUUUAACUCUUCAUUUCUCUUUCUUUUAUUUAUUUAUUUUUUUUUAAUUUUUUUAACUGACACAAUGUUCCGGC